GGUGAUGAAGUGCUUUGAACCGUUCGGGCGCACAUCCCAUGCCACCACAGCGGCGUCGGCCGUGUUUGGUUCGCUGGCGAGUAUUAUGAAGAUGGCUGUGGUGGAUCGCGAGACUCUGUUCCAGUUGCUGACCUUACCCUCGCUCUCUCAGCGAGAUCCGAACAUAGGCAGUUUGCUAGUAGUACCUGCUAUCACACCAAAUUCUCUGCGUUCGACCAAGCAUCUACCGAGACCAGGUGAAAGCAGUAUCGUCUAUGACAAGGACUCGAACGUCCUGAAGUUGAUUGUACGCGUGAUCGAUAAGCAUGCCCUGGGCAACGUCGACGUUGCUUUGGCUUACAACACCACAGACGGUGUUGUGUCUGGCUGGGAGAAGACGGUUGGUGUAGGUAAGCCUGGCGCUAGUGGUUUAGACGCGCUCUUUGGCAAUACUAAGAGUGAGACGGGUGUGGAGAGCACAUGUCCCGCGUCCGUUGCGCUAGAGAAGAUCAUGGAGAAGCUCAAGAAUACCACUGAACCGGCCGCAGACAGGGGCGGGGGACCGUAUCACGUGCCCACAACAUCGCCGCAUGUCCUGAAGUGGUGUGUACGAGAGCUUUUGAAGACACCGCUGGAGGAACUACUGUAUGAUAUGCCCAAGCCAAAGGUUGAACAGACCUGAAUGGAUCGCUGUGAUAAUAAUCACUGAUAUGGCGAUAAUUCGGACGUCCAGUCCUGGUUCAGUUGGCCACUGCAUCGCCAGCGACGGAUCGUCGAGUAUACGGGGUUGUAGGGUAAAGAUGUUCUUAGAGUAGAUUCUGAGAUGGUCUCUGCGAGAAGCUCAUGAUUGUGCCACUGUGUAGGGUUUUAGGAAGCUUCGCUGAGGUGGGCAGCUGUAGAAACUAGAAACUCAAAGCUACGAAGUAGUUAUAUUUAUUUCUAUAAAUACAGUGACCAC